AUGAAGGACUAUCCCAAUCUAUUUCCAGAGGAGUUACCUAGGUUACCUUUAGAGUGCGAGGUCGAAUUUGGCAUUGAUUUGUUACCAAGCAUAGUUCUGUUGUCUAUUGCUCCUUAUCACAUGGAACCUAAAGAGCUAGUGGAAUGUGAGGUGCAAUUGCAAGAACUUCUAGAAUAUGGAUUCAUUAGACCAAGUGUGUCGCCAUGGGGAGCUCCUAUUCUGUUUGUUAAGAAAGAUAGAUCCAUGAGCAACCUUUAUGGACCAAAUGAAUUGGGUUUUCAGCCCAAACUUGAUCAGUUUAUUGUAGUCUUCAUCAACGACAUCUUGAUCUAUUCCAAGUCUAAAGAGGAACAUGAUGAACAUUUGAGAGUGGUUCUGUAG